AUGACGCCUGCGUUUCCCUUCUGUUUCCACCCUCGCACCCUCCUUCUCGCGUUUUUCGUCGAUUCCUCCACACUCCUCGUGGUUUUGUCCUUGUUUGCUGCAUCUGGCCAUCGUCAAGUGCGUCCGUUCUUUACCAAUUCGCUAGUCUUGACCUCCUUUUGCCAAUAUUUGCGGAGCAAACAAUACCCAACGCAAUACACCGUUCGCACGUUUUGGACCGCCAUCAAGUUCGCCGACAGAAACUGCGGACGACCGUCGAUCCCGCCGAUGCGCUCGUCUUUCUGCUCGGUAGCCUGCCUGGCGACACUCUUUUCCUCCUCUCUCGCGCUCGAAUUCACCUCCCCAAGCUCCGAUUCGCAAAUAGACCCGAGCAAGAGUGUGGUCAUUUCAUGGUCUGUCAGUUACACAGACCCGUCGACUAUUGACCUCAAACUCAGCAACUCUGAUCUGGGCACGGAUCUGACUAUUGCAACGGGGGUCGUUUCAUACACUGGCUCCUACACUGUGCCAGCUGGCACCAUACAAGGUUCGGGGUCUGGCUAUGAGAUAGUGGCUGUUGGAAACGGGGACAAUCUUGCCCAGAUCACGGGGUUGACAUUUGGUAGCAAAGGUGGCAAUGGGCCGGUGACCUUGGUCACGACAGCCACCGUCAUUCCAACCCCAGCUGCUUCCACUACCUCAGGUGGACAUGAUGGCACAGACAGCAACGUCCCAACGGCAACGAUCAACUCGGUCGGGGUUAUUACCCUGUCCGGAACAGUGACUGGAAGUAAAGCAACGACGUCGGCAACCAAUUCCCGCACUGAGAGCAGCUUUGCGACUAGCACAACGAGCAGAGCAAGCAGCGAGUCGAAUGGCGCUGUUGCGCCAAGUGCUGGGAGCACAAACACCGCCAAUGGCCAGAAACGACGGGGUGGUGAACUCGUCCUCGGUGCUGCCGGUCUGUUGGCUGGAGUCGUUGCGCUGUUAGCAUGA